CCGGUUCUUCAACUAGGCCAUACAAUUGUUAUCUCAAGGAAAACUAAACUUCAAAUGGCUCAUGAAUAGCUAGAAAAAAGAAAAAAAAAGAAAAAAAAAGAAAAAAAAAAGGAGGAAACAACACAUAUUGUAAUGUCGAUCAUCUCUGUAACCUCAAUCGCUCCUCUCUCAAAAAAUUAUCUUAAUUGCGUCGAAGUACCACAACGAAGAUGGAGAAUAAAGGCUUCUUCUUCUACCGUUCCAUCCCCAUUUCCAGGUGUGGACUUGAAGACACUUGAAGCUGCCAUUUCUAAGAAAGAUAGUGAUAGUGCCAAAGAGGCGCUUGAUAAGCUAAGGGAAGAUGGUUGGGCUAAAAACUGGAGUUCUCAACCAUAUGUAUCACGACGUAUGACUUCACUUCGUGAACUGACAACUCUUGGAAUUAAAAACGCAGAGAAUCUUGCAGUUCCGAGCGUAAGAAAUGAUGCAGCUUUCCUAGCCACAGUGGUGGGAACAACAAGUGUUCUUGCUAUCAUUACUGGCCAACUUCCAGGGGAUUGGGGUUUCUUUGUGCCUUACUUAAUUGGGAGUAUUUCUUUGGUGGUUCUGGGUGUUGGAAGUGUUUCACCUGGGCUUCUCCAAGCUGGGAUAGGUGCAUUUUCAUCAUUUUUUCCAGAUUACCAGGAAAGAAUUGUUAGCCAUGAGGCGGCUCAUUUCUUAGUGGCAUACUUGCUUGGACUACCUAUUUUGGGGUAUUCACUAGAUAUUGGAAAAGAGCAUGUCAAUCUGGUUGACGAAAGGUUGCAAAAACUUAUAUACAGUGGGAAGCUUGGUGCAAAGGAAUUAGACAGGUUGGCUGUGGUGUCGAUGGCGGGACUGGCAGCUGAAGGCUUGAAAUAUGAUAAAGUUGUUGGUCAAUCUGCAGAUCUAUUCUCUCUCCAGAGAUUUAUAAACAGGAGCCAGCCACCAAUAGGCAAGCAACAGCAAGAGAAUCUCACUAGAUGGGCUGUAUUGUUUGCUGCCUCCAUUUUGAAAAACAACAAGGCUGCUUAUGAAGCCUUAAUAGCAGCAAUGUCAAAUAAGGCGUCCGUAUUGGAAUGCAUUGAAGCAAUUGAGAAAGCCGUGUAGGUUGUCCGUUUCAGGGGUUUCGCAAAAUGCCUAUACAUUCCGCCAUCAAACUAAGAAUGAUCAAACGAUCAUAUUGUAGCAGUACUUGCAUUCAGUCUUUGUUGGUACUACCAAAAGGAUUUGACAAACAUAUUAUUGUCCAGUCACAUGUGAUUUCUACUUGGCUAAAACCAGCAAGGCAAUUUUACUAAUACUCAAUUUAAUUUUAUUUCUUGCAAAA